AUGCCAGACCGAUCCGCAGGAGCUCUUUCCCCUGUGGCGUCCAGUCUGCAGUUGACGGAGCACCAGAGAGAGAUUCUCAAGCGCCAAAUUCACACCCCGGAGGAUCCACAGAUGAGUCGCUUAGAGCUUUUAUACAGCUGUGCAACAACCUAUGAGUUACUGGUACUGGUAAUCAGUUCAAUUGCAGCAAUAAUUGGAGGGGCACUCCAGCCUAUCUCUUUUCUUCUUCUAGGAGGGUUGGCCCAAGCAUUCAAGGAAUUCUUUCUCGGAACGUCUUCAGGCUCUCACCUCUCAUCUCUGGUCGCAAAAUUUGCCCUCUACUAUUUAUAUAUUGCCAUUGGGCAGUUUGUCGCGGUAUACAUCUCCACAGCCGGCUUCAUGAUAGGAGGAGAGAAUAUAACCCAAAGACUCCGAGAGAGAUAUCUCGCCGCUAUUCUUCGCCAAAACAUAGCAUUUUUCGAUGUCCUGGGAGCUGGAGAGAUAACAACCAGAAUCACUGCCGAUAUGAAUCUGAUCCAGGAUUCCCUGACGGGCAAACUUUCUCUGACCUUAUACUCCUGUGCCAAUUUUGGGGCUGCUUUCAUCAUCAGCUUUGUCAAAAGCUGGCGCAUGGCUCUUAUUCUGAUAUCUGCAAUCAUAGCAGAAGCCGGAUCUAUGAGUAUAUGCUCUUCGUUCAUGGUCAAGUAUACCCACAUGUCUUUAUCGGCAUAUGCAGAUGGUUCGACGGCUGCCGAGGAGGCCAUCAGUUCAAUUAGACACGUCACUGCAUUUGGAAUCCAAGACAAGCUGGCCGAUCGGUAUCAGAAAUUUCUCACCAAAGCAGAGGCCUACGGGCUUAGAAGUCGCAUUGCUCUUGCGGCUAUGAUGGCUAUUAUGAAUGGUGUCAUAUUCUGGACUUACGGACUGACAUUUUGGCAAGGAUCCCGAUAUCUUGUUGUUGAUGAUAUCGAAUUGGGAGCUCUUAUAACCAUUUUGCUUGCUGUGCUGACUGGCGCGUUCACUUUUGGUAACAUAGCACCAAAUUUCCAAGCAUUUGCAACCGGUCUUGCAGCAACAGGAAAGAUUCUUGCAACCGUGUCCAGGAAGUCACCACUAGAUCAUUCGUCCUCCAUCGGGAGAAAGCUACAAGAUGUGUCUGGGACAAUAGAACUCAAGGACAUUCUUCAUGUUUACCCUUCUAGACCAGACGUGCUGACCUUAGAUGGAAUAAGUCUUGUAUUUCCAGCUGGAAAGACAACCGCCAUUGUUGGUGCUUCUGGCUGUGGGAAGAGUACACUGGCAGGUCUGAUUGAACGUUUUUAUGAACCAAUAAGUGGAGAAAUAUUACUCGAUGGCCAUGAUAUCACGUCUCUUAAUUUGCAAUGGCUACGACAGCAGAUUGCAACUGUCUCACAACAGCCCACACUCUUCGCCACAACUGUAUUCGAAAACAUCAGAUUCGGUCUGAUCGGGACUGAACAUGAAGAUUCUCCCGACAGCGUGAUAGAAAAUCUUGUGUUUGACGCCGCAAAGAAAGCAAACUGCUUUGGGUUCAUUUCUGCCUUGCCGGACGGUUUCCACACCAGCGUUGGUGAAAGGGGCUCGUUACUCUCUGGUGGACAGAAACAGCGGAUUGCAAUUGCACGGGCUAUUAUUAGCAACCCGAGGGUAUUACUGCUCGACGAGGCCACUUCGGCUCUAGAUGCCCAGGCCGAGCGGCUGGUUCAGGCGGCGCUUGAUGUUGCUGCUAAAGGUCGAACAACGAUUAUCAUCAGUCACCGAUUAUCCACUAUCACGACGGCGGAAAAUAUUGUUGUCAUGUCUCACGGACGUGUUGUUGAGCAAGGAACCCACAACGAUCUACUGCGGAAAAGAUCGAUGUAUUACGACUUAGUAGAGAAACAGCGCAUGUCAACCAAACGUGAUAUCGUUAUUGGUAAGGCAAUGUCUGCUCUUGACCCAGACAGUCUUCCUGACCUGAAGGAUGAGGGCGAUAAUCCCAAGUACACGUACGAGAUAGGACAGCGCGAGGGAUCUGAAGACCACGGGAGAGAUUUUAAACAAGAGCUCGGCCGUAAAUACUCGUUAUGGGUGUUGAUCAAGUUUAUCGCCAACUUCAACAAGGAAGAAACGCUUACUAUGAUUUGGGGCCUCUUUUUUCAAUCAUCACAGGCGCUGGAAAUCCCACGUGACCAGGCCGUUUUGUAUGGCAAGACAAUUGCGGCAAUGUCAUUGCCCCCGGACAUGUAUGGAAAGUUGCGUCAUGAUGUCAAUUUCUGGAGUCUGAUGUAUCUGAUGUUGGGAGGUACUGCAUUCCUGGGCUGGGGAGCAUCUGGUCUUUGUUUCGCUUACUGCUCCGAGCGCCUGAUUCACCGUGCUAGGGAUCGCUCUUUCCGCGCAAUUCUCCAUCAGGAUAUUUUCAUGUUCGACAAAGUUGGAUUUUCAGCGGGCUCGCUUACAUCCUCGUUGUCCACAGAUGCCACCAACCUUGCCGGAAUGAGUGGUGUGACACUAGGCUCCAUCUUCAUUGUCUCAACAACUUUGAUUGCUGGCGUGGCUGUAUCGAUUGCCAUCGGUUGGAAACUGGGGCUCGUUUGUACCGCAACCAUUCCUAUUGUUCUUACUUGUGGACUUGUCCGACUCAAGAUCCUCGGGGAGAUGGCCCGACAAUCGAAAGAAGCGUACACAGCUUCAGCAACUUUUGCUUGCGAGGCAAGCUCUGCUAUCAAGACCGUUGCAUCGCUAAAUCUCGAACGCCAUGUACAGGAACAGUAUCACAAUAUAUUGGAAACCCAGCGACGAAAGUCGCUCGUUUCAACGCUCAAGUCAUCGGUGUUUUAUGCAGGCUCACAGUCGGCCAACUUUCUCUGCAUUGCCUUGGCUUUCUGGUAUGGAGGACAUCUAAUCAUUCACGAAGGCUAUUCUAUGGUACAGUUCUUCAUUGCUUAUGCAGCUGUUAUCGUGGGCUCAUUCAGUGCUGGAGCUAUAUUCUCCUUCGCGCCAGAUAUGAGCAAAUCCCGUCAGGCAGCCCAGGAUAUCAAAACGUUAUUAGACCGUCCGGUUAACAUUGACGCCCGUGAAAGAACUGGCGAGAUGUUAACAAAAAUCGAUGGCGGCUUGGAGAUGCGAAAUAUAUACUUCCGCUACCCCAAUAGACCGGAAAGGCUGGUUGUCAAAAACUUGAGCUUGAGUGUUCAACCAGGACAAUACAUCGGUCUUGUUGGAGCAAGCGGAUGCGGUAAAAGCACAAUUAUAGCUUUACUGGAGAGGUUCUUUGAUCCUGAAGCAGGACAGAUAUUUGUUGAUGGGAAGAAUAUCUCCAAGUUGAAUGUGAAAAGCUACAGGAGUCACCUUGCUCUGGUUAGUCAAGAGCCAACACUAUAUCAAGGAACGAUCAAAGAGAAUAUCACUUUGGGCACCAACGACGAGAAUGUUUCCGAAGAAAAAAUCACUAAAGUAUGCAAGGAUGCCAAUAUUUACGACUUCAUCCAAUCUCUACCUGACGGAAUCUCAACGGUGAUAGGAGCUAGGGGCGGUAUGCUCUCGGGCGGUCAGCAACAACGAAUAGCCAUUGCGCGAGCGCUUCUUCGUGAUCCACGUAUCCUCCUCCUCGAUGAAGCCACAUCUGCGCUGGAUUCGGACUCGGAAAAGGUUGUCCAGGAUACUCUGAAUGCGGCGGCUCGAGGCCGGACGACGGUCGCCGUUGCACAUCGGAUAAGCACGGUACAGAAGGCCGAUUGUAUUUAUGUGCUGCAUGAAGGGGCUGUUGUAGAACAGGGGACACACCAAGAGUUGAUGGCGCUUGCAGGGAGGUAUUUUGAAUUGGUGAAGUUGCAGAGCUUGGAGAGAUCGGACUGA